GUUCUGAAAGACCAAACACACUACUACCAUUAUUCUUCAUCUUCUUCACUGGUCUUGAAUCGAAGAUUCAAAGAUUUGAAAAUGACGAGAAAAACCCCAAAAUCAAGGGGAAGGAAAAAGGCACCACUCGGUGCGAGUAACACAAGACAGUUACAGCUUCAGCUCAGCAAAUUCUCUCUCAAACAAUACAAACCGUUACCAACAACAACUAUAACUUCUUCCGCCCUUUCUCACUUCCAGAACCUUAUCGAUUCAGAGGCAAAUCAAAAUCCUUCCAUUAGGGUUACCAAUGAUGCUACCGAUGCUGAUUCAAAAGAUGGCAUUCUUAGUCAAGAUUUCUUCUGCACUCCAGAUUACAUAACUCCGGAUAAUCAGCGGAUUUUGAACGGUGUCGAUUUCAAUAAGGAUAAUAGCCCUUGCCCUAAAUCCCCGGAGAAAUUGAAUACUACGAAAAGCAAAAGAUGUCGACUGGAUGGUGUCUCAGCAAACCCUCUUAGCCCUACCUUUUCUGGUGACCAUCAACAAGUUGUGGAACUUGGUAAGGACUCUGUUGCAGAGGAAGUAGCUGUUGAUAUAACGGUAGCUGCUGGUAAGCCGAAGGCCCAGAACUAUGUGUCACAUUCUGCAGCUACAUUGCGUUGCAGGGCUAUACCUCCUCCUUGCUUUAGUAACCCCUAUUUAAAGGACCUUUCCCAAAAGGAGACAGAUCCCUAUGCAAACCAAAGAUCCAAAUGUGCAGGUUUCUUCCCUAAAUUUACAGCUUAUGAUGGGCUCUCACGCUAUCGCACUGACUUUCAUGAGAUUGAGCAAAUUGGUCGAGGGUACUUUAGCUGUGUUUUUAAAGUAUUAAAGCGAAUAGAUGGCUGCUUGUAUGCUGUGAAACGCAGUACACAGUUCCAGCUGGAUACAGAAAGGAGAAAAGCUUUGAUGGAGGUUCAAGCUUUGGCAGCAUUGGGUUACCAUGAGAACAUUGUGGGGUAUUAUACUUCAUGGUUUGAAAACGAACAACUGUACAUUCAGAUGGAGAUAUGUGAUCAUAGCUUAUCUGUAAACAAAGGCUCUGAGUUAUUAGCAGAAGGACAAGUGUUAGAAGUUUUAUAUCAAGUUGCUAAUGCACUGCGAUUCAUACACGACAAGGGAAUAGCUCAUCUUGAUCUUAAACCUGAUAAUAUUUAUGUAAAAAAUGGUGUCUAUAAGCUUGGUGAUUUUGGAUGUGCAACUCUUACUGAUAGUAGCCUUCCGAUUGAGGAAGGAGAUGCACGUUAUAUGCCCCAGGAAAUCCUUAAUGAGAAUUAUGACCACCUUGACAAGGUUGAUAUUUUCUCCCUGGGAGUUUCUAUUUAUCAGCUCGUCCGAAAAUCACCUAUGCCAGAAUCAGGAUGUCAUUUUUUGAAUCUUAAAGAAGGCAAGUUGCCACUCCUGCCUGGUCAUUCAUUGCAAUUUCAAAACUUGCUCAAGGCCAUGAUCGAUCCUGAUCCGGUUAAGAGGCCUUCUGCCAGAGAGUUGGUAGAGAACCCAAUUUUCGACAGGGCCUUAAGAACAGCGAAAAAUUGAUCCACCACGCUUGUUUUUCACUUUUCCUGCUGGACCAUCAUCUGUCUAUCUAUGUAGAUCAGUGUCGAUUGUGUCAUGGCCAAUUUUGUGAAUGUCUUUUGGUUAUAUUAUAUGCACCUGAUAAUUCUUGCGCAUGGUGCAAGUUCUGUAUUUGCAAUGGUCCAGUCUGUCUGUUGUACAAUGUAAUGGACUUAAAAUAUAUUAAUGGUAGUUAACAAAUGAGAACUCUGAUUUCCAGAAA